ACGGUUUCUGUCAUGUCUCCACUAAUUCCAAUUUUGGGUUCCGUAGUUGGUGCUUUUGUAGGACGGUUGCUCUAUUUUGGAUCAGAACAAAGCAGCAGUCUAAUGACUAUCCCCCUUUAUGGGAUAGUCUUGUUUUUUUGUUGUGCGCUCCGGGGUUUUUUUGGGGUCUCAUUAACUAGACGUUAUGGAAGGGGACUCGUCUUGGUUAUCGAUACGUGCCUUUAUUUUCUGGUCGCCUUGUAUCUUGGUUCUUUUAGGAUUUAUACGGGCUUACUAUUGCUUUCAAUUAUUUGUCCAGUAGUUUCGAACGAAGGAGGUGUAAUCCUUUCUAUGGUUUCGGGGGAUGGUUCGGCGUCCAGCGUGAACCAGCCGACGCCUACCUAUUCCACACAGCCGGGCUCGUCCUCCGAGACGGGGGAUAAUGUAAUUCCUCCUUCUCCAGGAGAAGGGCCGUCCCAUCAAGGGUCUGUUGUGCGAAAUGAAAGCUUGGAAUCGUCAAUGCGAUUUCGCAUUGUACGGCUCGAGCUGGACAAUAGCCCCUAUUUGCUGGAUAAGGCAAGGGGAGACUAUUGGGCUCAAAUAAGACAUGAGCUAGAUCAUGUUUCCUCUCAGAGGGAUUCUAACUCCCUUCUUGAGUUUGAAAACCGGGAUCUCCGGAUCCGGGAGCAGAAACAUGAGUGUUUCCGUCUUUUUAAUAGGGUGCUUUCUGAGCACCCUUACUUGGCCGGCCAGGCCCCCUACAAACCUAACGAAGUCUUUGACGACUUCUUGGACGAACGGCGGGAACUGCUGGACAAACAGGCGAAAGAGCCAGUGGUGGAAAAGGACAAGAAAGAAAUAGCUUUCUUGGAAGGACUUCGUAUGGACCUUCAGAAUAAUGGUCCCAAUACUAUCCUCCCCAUCUUUAAUCCCACGUCAACCUCAAAUCGUUAAGAGGCCCACACAAGUUGAUACUUUAUCAAUCAGGCUACUCCCCGAACAUGCCUACGGAAGGUAGGGGAAAGUAAGGACCAGAUGAGCAGCUUCUAAUGAAUUGGGUAAUAAUAAGUGGGCUUUUUGUAAAAAGAUGAGGGAGAUUCUGAGUAAGAGAUUCGUGUCGGAGAAGCGAAAUAUACGAGAUCACAAACGUAGAUUGCUCGCGACUAAAUAUGAAUUGAGACGAAAGCUUUAUAAAGCCUUUUGUAAAGAUUCGGAUCUUCCUAGUGAUAUGCGGGACAAACUUCGUUAUAAGUUGUCCAAGUUGCCAAGAAAUAGUUCCUUUGCACGAGUCAGAAACCGAUGUAUUUCCACGGGUCGCCCUCGUUCCGUAUAUGAGUUCUUUCGAAUUUCUCGUAUCGUUUUUCGUGGAUUAGCAUCUCGAGGUCCUUUGAUGGGCAUAAAGAAAUCGUCUUGGUAGCAACCGCCAAACCAAUAGAACAAGGGUUAGGAAGCUGGUCCGGCUAAUCCACCCCAAGGGGUGGUCCCCUAUCCAUAUCUGCCGGAUGAAGUGAUAGGAGGGGAUUGUGUUGGAUCCAUACAGCAUCGCCUUUUGGAUCACAAUACCACUCCAUCGGCCCCUGAGAUAGA